AUGGCGUACACUGUAUUUAACGAUCCUUUCUUUAACAUCUUCAUACUCGUUGAUUUCGUUAAAACGCGAUUUCACAAUAUUCGCCAAGUUCUUAAAUAUUUUCCCGUGCUUGUGGCUUUGAAAUACAGUUUAAGAAGGUUUUUAUUAUCUGACUUCCUGGCUGGACUGACGGUGGCCAUUGUCCAUAUACCACAGGGAAUGGCAUAUGGACUGCUUGCAGAGUUACCUCCCGUUUAUGGACUUUACAGCUCGUUUCUUCCAGUACUAACGUAUUUCUUCUUUGGCUCAUCGAAACACAUAUCUAUGGGAACAUUUGCAGUGACGAGUUUGAUGAUAGGGUCGGUGGUCCAGGAGGGUCUCGAGAGAUACGAGGCUUUGCAUGCAGGUACUGCCACGUCUAACUCUACGACCGUUGAAGCGUGGGACAUCAUUAACGUUACACAAACGACAGUCUACAAUACUAACGCUUCCGGGGAUGGCUUCAAUGUACUCCAGGAUUCUGGCGGCAACCCAGCUGAAAACACCUUCUCUGAACUAGAUCAAAUGAAAAUCGCAUACGCUAUGUCUGCCACGUUUACCGUUGGCGUUUUUCAGCUGAUGAUGGGCGUGUUCCGAUUGGGAUUUCUCGCCUCGUUCUUGUCAGACCCGCUGAUUAGUGGAUUUACCACGGGUGCGGCGGUGCAUGUAUUUUCCAGCCAAGUGCAUCACCUCUUCGGGGUCAAAGUUCAUCCCUACCACGGUCCACUGCGUCUCAUAUACUUUUACAGAGAUUUUUUCAACAACAUCGAAACCGUGAACCCAGUCACGGCCACGGCAUCAGUCACCUGUAUAUUUGUCCUCGUCCUCAUCAAAGAAGGAGUUAACAACAACCCGUCGUGUCAACAGGACCUCCCGGCCCCAGUUCCUAUAGAGCUAAUUGUGGUUAUUGCAUCAACUGUGAUAUCGUAUUAUACGAGAAUACACGAGGAGUUCCAAGUGGACGUGGUGGGCAUGAUUCCGAGAGGCCUGCCCCCUGCCAGCGCCCACGACUUACGGUAUGUGUGGGAGACAUUUGCAGACGGAUUGAUGAUGGGGUUCGUGGCAUUCACCAUCUCAUAUGCCAUGGCCAAAAUUCUUGCGGAAAAACACGAUUACGCCGUCAACACAAACCAGGAACUUGUCGCUAACGGGAUGUGCAACUUCCUGGGGUCUUUCUUCUCUUGCUUCUGUUCGGCAGCAUCUCUGUCCAGGAGUCUGGUACAGGACAAUGCGGGAGGUUGUACCCAGAUGGUAGGGAUAUUCUCAUCCUUUGUUCUGCUCAUUGUUUUACUUUACAUAGGACCCUUGUUUUCGUCGUUGCCAAAUUGCAUCCUGGCUUGUAUUGUCAUCGUCACACUGAAAGGCAUGUUCAAACAAUUCAACCAGAUGCGAGUUCUGUGGAAGCUGUGUAGGCGAGAUUUUGCUGUAUGGUUCGUGACAUUCAUAGCCACUGUUGUUCUAGAUGUUGCCCUUGGUCUGCUUGUGGGUGUAAUAUUUGCACUAUAUUUUAUAGUGAGAAAUUCACAAAAACCGCACACUUGUAUUUUGGGAAGAGUACCUGGGACAACAACGUACAAGGACUUGAAACGAAAUCGUCAGGUAUAUGAGUUACCAGGAAUUAAAAUAUUUCGCUUUGAGUCGUCCUUGUAUUUUGCUAAUGCGGAACAAUUCCGAGAUCGCCUUUAUGAGAGAACGGGACUGAAUCCCAAAAAACUUAAAGGAAAGAAGCAGCGAGCGUUAUACAAAGCCCUGUUGCAGAGGAAGAGAGAACAGGAGUUGGCUGAAGUAGAAGAAAGACAAACAAAAUCUAAGACAAAGAAGGAAAAGAAGAACGCCAUAGAGGUAGAAAUCGAGGAAGAAGUCCCAGAGGAAUUAACUGACGAACAUAAAAACCUACUAAUUGAGCAGAAGAAUGAGAUUGUAGACCUAUUCUCUAAAGCAUGGAUACCGCCCAUCCACACUCUCGUGAUAGACUGUUCCGUCAUCGACUACGUGGACACCAGUGCCGUUAAAAUCUUAGCCCAGAUAGUCAACGAGUACAAAGACGUUGGAAUAAAAGUGUUUCUAGCAGGUUUGAGAGAGGAUGGACGAAAUAUCCUGAAGAAGGCUGAUUUUUACCACGAGGUGGAGUACAACUGUCUGUAUUAUACAGUACAUGAGGCUGUGGUGAUAUCGCAGGAAAUUCACGCACAUUUAGUGACAGCCGAUCCCAAGUACCUAGAGAUGGUAAAGCGAGAGUUCGGAGACACCUCGUCCUUUACUAACUUAACUACAGCGGGAGAGUGUUCCGAAGAAGUCGACGCGACUACUCAGGUGUAA